AUGUACAGAAAAAAAUGUGACCUGUUGGAGAUAUUGAAAUCAGAACACUUUGAGCUCCGCCUUGCUUAUCUUGUGGACAUAUUUGAAAUCUUCAACCAGCUGAACUUGAGACUCCAAGGAAAGGAUUCAAACUUGCUCAGCCACUGUGACUCAAUACAUGCAUUUUUGGCCAAAUUGGAGCUGUAUAAGAAGAGAGUUGAUGAUGUGUUAGAAGACGCACAAGAAGAGUUCAUUGAGCUUCUCCAUGAUUCAACAGCCAAGAAUGUGUUCCAGUCAAACUCCUUGUCUAGCUUCUGGUGUUCAAUGAUGGAAUCAUAUCCAAAAAUAAGUGAUCUGGCAGUUCGAGUUCUUUUGCCUUUUUGCUUCAACCUACCUGUGCGAAA